GUUGUUGCUUGAUGCCAGUGACGCUGCCAGGACUCAGGUCGAAGCGGUCGACGAAGCGCCGGGACGACGCGCCGACGCAUGUCCUCAAGCGCGAGACAAUCAUGAGCAUGCUCCACGACCUCCAGGAGCGUGCCACGUCACGAGGGUACCAGUCGUUUGGCAACCUCCAGCACCUCGAAGAGCAGGCCAAGGCGCAGACGAUCUCCAACUUUCUCUCGGUGCGGUACCACGAGAUCUACGGCGUCCGAGGGGACACCGCGCCCGAAGUCGACCACGACGCGAAGCUGCAGAGCUUGGAGACAAAGCCGCCCCUCCGCCGGUCGCAGUCGACGCUCGACGUGGUGCCUGCAAGGUUAACGCGCCGGCCGUCGCUCGCGGGUCGGCUGCCCGAGGUAGCCAAGCCGGUCGAGCCGGUCGCGCGUAUCGAGGUGCCAAAAGAGGCACCACCCGCGGCCAUCGACCGCCAACUUCCACCGCUCUACUACAAGAUGAAGGCGAUUUGGACGACGCCGCUGACGAGCAAACCGUCCGAGGAGGAGUGGGUUGGCCUCCCUGUGGCCGCGCACACGGUGCGCAGUGUCUUUGGCCUCGACGUCUACGAAGCCCGUGGCAUUGCCAAGACCUUUCUCGUCGAGACGGUCGAGUCGCUGUACCAGCUCUACACCAAAGAGCGAAUCCACGGGCGCGAAGGCCACAUGCGCGAGCUCAUGCAGAAAGCCGUCUUCUCGUCGACGACAAGCAACCGCGUCAUGGCGCUCCUCAAGCAAAUCGACAGCUUUAGCAUCUUCCUCACCAACGAGGACCGCGAGUUGGCGACGACGACCAUGGACAGGACCACGACGCCCGUCACCCCCAGUACCGCAGCCUCGCCCAAACUGCAAAAGAAGACGACAGCCAUCCACGCGGCGCCGAUCCCAGAGCACACAGCGGCCGCCGAGGCAGCGUCGCGCAACCCUAGUAGCCCGACCAAGCGCCAAACGAGCCUCGCAACUUCCGCCCUUUUGCUUCGCCCGGAAAUGACGCCGUCGGCGCAGAACCGCAGCGACAUGAUCGACGUCUACCUCCGCGAGUGCGCGCAUCUGCACGUGUUCCCGUCCAAGAAGGUGCUCGCGCUUGUCGACACGCCGGUCGUCGACUUGAGCAAGUUUCACAUCGGCAAGCUCGGUGCGAUCGCGCUCCUUUCGGCGCUGCAUUUGAACGCAGGGUUGCAAGUGCUCGACGUCUCGUACAACUUUGUCUUGGCCGCUGGCGGCAACCACGUGUGCGCCCUCCUCGAGCUUCGCAGCUGCCCGCGCCUCUCGCGCCUCGCACUCGCCAAGAACCGAAUUGGAUCGCCCAUGGCCAGUCGCCUCCUCCACGCGCUGACAACGAGCCAAGUGCCGCUGACGGACCUCGACCUCAGCGGCAACGAAAUCCACGAUCGGCACAUUGACGAGCCGCUCGGCGUCUUCUUGUCCAUGACACCGACGCUCACGUCGCUCAACAUGAGCGAGAACCAGCUGCGCGAUCCGAGUGCCAAGGCCAUUGCGCGCGCGCUCGGCACCGACGGCAAGCUCAAGAUUCUCAACGUGGCGUGGAACGCCAUGACGCCCAAAGGCGCCGGUAGCCUCGUGCAGGCGCUGAGCGGCAACCGGUGCCUCGAGACAAUCAACUUGAGCUGGAACCGACUCGGGCACAGCACGGGCUGCAUCAUGGCCACCAUUCUCUUGAGCAACCAGACGCUUCAGGUCGUCGACCUUGCGAGCGGCCAGCUCUCGGCCGUGUCCAUCUACCUCAUGGCCGAUGCGCUUCAGUACAACCGCGGGCUCGCGCACUUGACGCUCGACCAGAACGCGAUUGAUGAUGACGGCAUGCGCGUGCUCCUCCGCACGACGCGACACCGCGCUAAGCCCCACCCGCUCACACUGCGUCUCAACAACAUGGUCUUUGAAGCCACCAACGGGCCGCCCAUUUUCAACGUCGUCAACCCCGCAGGGUGCUACCACUUGAAUCUCCCAGCGCCCGCGGACCGCGCCGUUUUCGAGCUCUUGCGCGUGCGUGCGGCGAACGGCGUUGGCAGCUUUCACAACAUGUCGAUCAACGGCGCGCCGACGGAGAACCUUCGGCGCCUCGAGCGCAUCGCCGCGACGACGACGACGACGGCGGUCGCCUUCCAACUGGACUUUGUCCUCAACCCCGAGCCGCCUCGGUCCGAGACGGUGCAUUUCCGCCUCGACCUUGCGUCGCCGCACGACCGGGCCAUGGUGCUCAUCCUCAUGCAGCGCGCGAACGCCGAGCGAGGGGAGAACUGGCGCAACGAGACGCUCGAUGGCGUCCCGUUCGAGUUUCAAGAAGACACGAUGGGGCCGCCAUGGCUCGAGGCGCACGAGAAAGGCAUCCUCGAGCUCGACUAUGUGAGCACGCGGCUCUUUUGCGAAAAGCACUAUGCCCUCGACUUGGGCAAGCCCACAGACCGCGCCAUCGCGUGGAAGCUGCUCGAGCGCGUCGAGCGCAGCCACCAAGUGCUGCCGGACCGCAGCGACGCGUGGCACAACAUGACGCUGGACGGCGAGCCGAUCGCGCUGCGGGAGUGGGAGAAGCCGUCGUUUGCCCUCCGAGGCAAGUGGAAAUGGCGCGUUCCGACCAUGGGGCUGCUCGAAUUUGACUUUUACACGCCCGAGCCGCACCAAGUGCACGCCAAGCACUACCAUCUCGACCUCGCGAACGCCCACGACCGGCACAUUGUACCGCCUUGACUUGUGUGCGACGUCCACAACGCUGUGUAGG